GCUGUGGGUAGUUACCUGCACCGCUGCAGCCUCUGCCCGCUUGAAUCUCUUGGGGCGAUGAUGCUGUGCCGGUCCUCCAGCUGUGGCCUGUGCUUCGGUCCCUGAUCCUUUGCUCCGGAGGUCCAGCUCACAUGUGACCUCCUCGGCGCCCUGCUCGGGCCCGUUACACGUCGCCCGCCUCUGGCCUCGCCCAUUCCUGGGCAAAGCGAACGAGUCAGGCUUGGCGGGUGCGCGGCGCUCGGUCCUGCCCUGAGCCCUAACGCUCUGGUUGUGCCCGGAACCCGAGGCUCGCAACUGCGGUUUCCGGCUGGCGGAGCCGCUCAGAGGCCCGGUCCGACGGAAGCCGGCUCGGAGGGUCGGGACCUGGUCGGACCUGAGAUGGCACCGCCCGCGGGCGGGGCGGCGGCUGUGUCAGUCUCGGGCUCCACCGCAGUGCUCUUGGCUGUGAACGCCGCGGUGAGGCCGCUGGGCGCCGGACCGGACGUCGAGGUGCAGCUACGGAGGCUGCAGCUGAGCGCAGACCCACAGCACCCGGGGCACUUCCGGCUGGAGUUGUUGGGCACCGGCCCUGGGACGGUCAGUUUGGAGUGGCCCUUGGAGUCCAUCUCCUACACCAUCCGGGGCCCUAACCAGCAUGAGCUGCAGCCUCCACCAGGAGGGCCUGGAACCUUCAGUCUGCACUUUCUCAACCCUCAGGAAGCUCAGCGGUGGGCAGCGCUAGUCCGAAGUGCCACCGUGGAGGGACAGAAUGGCAGUGGCAGCUCAACCCCAGCCCUGGGCCCAGAAACAUGCCCUGUUUCCCUGUCCAGUCCCCCUGGAACUCCCACACUCAAGGUCCCCCAACCUGAGGCUGAUCUUCCCCAGACCCCUGGGGACUUGAUGGAGAAAGAAGAGUUGGCAGGGCGCCUGGCCCAGGCCAUUGCAGAUGGGGAUGAGAAGGGGGCAGCCCAAGCUGCAGCUAUCCUGGCCCAGAAUCAUGCAACCCUCAGUGUCCAGCUCCAGGAAGCCUGCUUCCCACCUGGUCCCAUCAGGUCACACUUGAAGACGCUGCGUCUGCUGCAUCUUCCUCGUCUUCUGCCCAUGUUGCACUGCAAGUCUACCCCCACUGCACCAUUGCAGCCCUCCAGGAGCAGGUGUUCUCUGAGUUCGGUUUCCCACCAGCCGUGCAGCGCUGGAUCAUUGGGCAGUGCCUGUGUGUGCCUGAGCGCAGCCUUGCCUCCUAUGGGGUCUGGCAAGAUGGGGACCAUGCUUUCCUCUACUUACUUUCAGCCCCUCGAGAAGCCCCAGCCUGGCUGGCCCUGCCCUUCGUGCACCUUCAUUAACACCCCAAGCCGCCCUGGCUGUGAGAUGUGUAGCACCCAAAGGCCCUGCUCUUGAGAACUCCUUCCAGCAGCUUCCACCUAGCAGCCAGCAAAGGCCUGAGAUCUAAGCCUACUUCUGAACUUCCUCAGGACAACCUCUGCUGAUUGCUUACCGAGGACAAAGCCACCAAGGCUGGGGAAAAGGGCCACCAGCUGGAAUCAUUAAAAGACACUUAAGAACCAAGAACCAGUGAGCGUCCCUUUCACCGUGUCUGUGCAGACCUGCCCCAGCCCAACAAGGGCUAUAGAAAUGGGUGAGCAGGCAAAGCUAAAGAAUGGACUUGAGGGCUGAGGCUGGUGGCCUGAGCUCACGGGAUGGUACUCUACCAAAGGUGAUGAAAU